UGCAGCUUAAUGAAACCACCACUACUCUGUGCAGUCAAAGUACGAAAUCUGUGAUCAAUACGUCUAAGAAAUCAUCAACAUACGGCCAUAUUCUGUGUCUAGAGUAUCUACCAAAUAUCUCGCCACGUCUCAUCCCUGCACGUUGCCUUACCAAGCGACGCGUUUGGGGUUUGAAGUGGAAAACACAACAAAGUACUUCCUAAUGAUUCCUCCCUAAGUGAUUCAGGAGAGUACUUCUGAUUCACCAAUACCUCGACACACUGUGCAGAUCCAAUCGGGUCUAUUUACAUCAUUUUGGUGGCUAUCUUUCCGAGGAUCCAGUUCAAGGCAGCUUGAAGUCGGCAUAAACACAAUACUUGCUUCAACGACAUUCAGUAUGGAAGAACGAGUAGAGAUUCCGGUAUCUUUGCAAAAGGUUCAAUCGUCGCUAGAGCCAUAUAUCAAGCCAAGACAUGAAGCAUCAAAGGUUCGACAAGUCUUGUCUUCACAUCUUAUCUCACAAUUGGACACUUCCGAAGCGCGUACCUUAAAUCGACCUUUAUCGCUUGUGAAUCCAACGUCUACUGCUGAUCCUACACCUCAUGGAGUGAGAGGCCUUCAAAGGGAAUAUUUGCGCUGUGUCCGAGCCAACCUCAAGGCCAAAAAUGAGUACACAGCAAUCAGCAAGGAGCACCGUGAAGGAACAGCCGCUGAAGUUGGAAGUCUAGGCGUACCCACGCAGUCAACUGGCUCUUCAAGCAUGGACGUCUUCCUCCAUCUCAUCAUGCAGCAGCAAAAGCAUGAGCGUCUAGGUAUCUCCCAGGACUAUAUCGAUACCUUGUCGCAAAAGCCUGCUGCCAACACAGAGCACCUUGAUCCCAAGGUAGCGCUCAAAGAUGUGGAGUCGCUACCGAAAGUGCCAGCCGAAGUUCUGAACAACACCGCCUCUAGCUCUAUGACCCAGGGAACGAACCUCAAAGAUUUGGUUGACCAGUUAGAGAAAUCUGUCUUACGAGCAAAAAUCCUUUUGAAGAAGGAACAGAAACUGUUAGCUAAAGUCAGAUCCGAUAGUGAUAUGACUUCCGCCAGCCCAGGAGACCGAAUGCAAGCUCUAGGACUGACUCGAAACGCGUUGAUUAAUUGGAUCGAGGCAGAGAUGGAAAAAGCUGGAGAUGGAUCAUCGGAGACUGAUGGUCCAGAAAAUCUAAGUCACGACGAUGGAGCAAAAGAUUACAUCGCAGCCCAGUUAGCAUCUAUUCAGAGGCAAUACGGGCGAUAUAUAGAGGCAAGAGAGGAGUUGAUCGUUUCAGCAACAGGAGUUUCGCAGCUUCCAACCUCCGAAUCGAAAGAAGAGGCGUUUGGCAUAGCAGAGUCCUGGGACGACUCACGUCAAUCUCAUACUAUGCAAAUUGUGUAUCCGUAUUUGGAGAGAAUGGUCUUCACAGCAAAUGAACAGAAGGCUGCUAUUCAGCAAAGAUCACACCUCACAAUCAGUCUAGCCAAGCAAGUCAAAGAAGCUAGUCAAGGUCUGGACCGACUUGCUGAAGAAAGUCAUUUACUGCCAGCUCAUCCUAUGCCAACGUCGAGUUUGCAACGGAAAGGUCUGGAAGGUCCACUUUCCUUCAACGAUGAACUCAUGCAUCAUGAAAAACCAGAUUCUUCAGACCGGGCUCGGACUUGGACAUUCGCAGCAAAAGCUUCCGGAAAUGCAACAAAGGACAUAAUCUCAGAUCAGCUAGAAGCUGGUGGUAGCGCUAUGGAGGAGUCGCAGCGCUGGCUGUCGGGGUUGCAUCAGCUAUUGGGGUAUGAUGAUCCGUCCGUGGGAAAGGAGAAGGCUCAGAAAAAAGACAUAUGGACGGUUCUAGAUGGCUCUCUAGGUGUCAUAAAAGGCGAUGUACCUGAAUCAAGGUAGACUUUAUGUCCGAGAAUGAAUGUAGAUAUCAG